AUGGCAGAGGCACUGGGGCUGGCCGUGCAGCCCUCUGCAGUCUGUGCAGUCUUCCGAUACAAGGAAAAGGCCACAGCCUCCAUCUCUCGCUGCAAACCCGGCAAAGAGCUCACCGAGGUGAAACAGGCUGCUGCAAGGCAACGACCCGAACCUCUUCGGCUUCUGAAAGAGCGAUUCGGGGGCGUGGUCGUGCGUGUCGGCGUAAACGGCCAGCGGUCUGAGCUAGAUGUAUAUGGAUUAAGCCUUCCAUGUGCACUUCAUUUGCUUCAUGGACUACAAUUUCCUAAGAAGACUACAAUUUAUAUCCCAGCCAAAAAGAAAUACGAAUGGGCCAGUUCAGCCUUUGGGAAGAAGAGAAGGACGAAGGAGAUCUAUUUUAGUUUCAUGGGGAAAAUCCUAAAGCAAACCCACCCAGACUUCAGCAGGUGUUCCUGGGUCUUGGAUGCACUGGGCUUUCUGAAGGAUCAGCAACUGGAAUGGGUUAGCCUGGAGGCAGUGAGACUGUCCUUCUAUAACCACUGAAAAGCCAUUACCAGCAGGGAGAUCCUUGAAGCAGUCAAGCAGAGAUCCUCUCGGAAGAGCUUUUGA